UUAGGGAUAACGUUUACAACUGUUUUGGAAGAUAUAACGGAGUUUAACUUCAGAGAAAAGAUAAAUAGCACAAAGAAACUAUUGGGCAUGUGGACAUGGCAUCCAUUAACAAUAAUUGGCAGAAUAUAUGUUAUUAAAUCUCUUGUUUUACCCAAGUGCAUAUAG